AUGGUGAAGGACGCAGGAGUCCGAGUUACCUGUGCCGCCGAGCUCAAGAAGAUCGAGGAUGAUCUCGAAAGAAGAAUCCAAGGCUUGAUGAAAACCAAGGCCGAGAGUACCAACAACAUCAACGCUACACUCAAGAAGCCCGCGGUGCCCACAGCAGCCACUGCAGCUCUCGGUGGUCCAUCGCAGCUCAUUGCUCCGGGUGCUCUCAAGGUUCAACUGCCACACAAACAAAAUUAUGCGUUGACUGUUGCAACAAAGGCGACUGCGCAGCCGCCUGUGGUGGCAUUUUCUCUGGCAAGCUCCGCUCCUGCAAAAGCGCAGAAUACCAAAAUCGAAGUUCUGGCCGUUGACAAGAAGGCAAAGCCGCCCCAGAACGGUUGGGAAAACAGUGGGUUUGGGGCAGAGGGACCAGGAGGAUGGGGAUCUACAACGUCGGGGGAUGGAGCACGGGAUCCCGGACGAAGUCGAAACGGCUGGUGA